AUGGUGACGUCGACGUUUUUUUCAUUGGCAAAUUUUUGGCGUACAGAUUGGCUCGGUCGUGUUUCUGGGCCCAGACAUCAAAAACCUUUUGAAGGCCGCACAGGGUCGCUAAACUUUAGCGAUACGACGUGCUUUGCCCAGCGCUUUUCUUGGCUAAGGCAAACGCAAGCUGCAACUGCCUUUCCUUCUUUUCAACCAUUAGACGCGAGUCUCUUCUCUCCCCAGAUUUCUGUUGACAGGGGCAGAUCCCGCCGAUAA